UAUUUCCCAGAACACUUUGUGACUGAGUAGGAAGGAAGUGGUGUGUUUUUCAAAAGCACCGAUCUCUAUAAUGCGCAGAGUAAGCAGCAGGCCGUGCCGGGAUGAGCCACUGCCUGAGGAGCAAGAGACAGAAGGAGAAAGGCAGCUUCACAACCUGCUGCGGCAACAGCUGGACACAGCCGUCAACAUUGACCAGUGUGUAGCCAAGAAGAGGUGUUUCGCCCCAGCAUCACUAUACAAGGCCUUUGGAGAGCAGGCUUCCGGAGUGAGGAGUCUGACCCAGUUUCGGUCUCUGCAGGAUGGGGAGAAAGAGCAGGCCAGCCUACGGGAGCUGGGCCUCAGUGAGGUCGAGAUUGAGUUGUGGCAGAACAGAGACAUCCAGGGAAAGGUAGAGAAGCGUCGGGGGCUGGGCGUGGAUCCCGGGGCGAAGCAAGACCGGCUGAGAGUCAUCGAGGAGAAGAUCACACGGCACCAGGAGAUCCUGUCCCUGCCACAGAGAUUCUCAGGGAGCCGGGGGCUGAGUCGGAGAGAGAUGGAGAUCGAGAAAGCCAUGUUCCAGGGAGGAGACCGGCACGGCUUUCUCAGGGCGCUCUACCACCAGGAUGAAAAAAUCAAGGAUGAACAAGACCAAAAACUAGACACCAUUUACAAAGAUCUACUCAAUGGGGAAGAAAAUAAAUCCUCUUCAGGUGUUGAGAAAGAAGGGGAACACCCUACCACUGACAACAGCCAGUCUAGCACACCUCUGGAGGUCCUGCCUUUGAACGUUCUCUCGAAGAGUGACUCAAGCAACCCUCGCCAAUCAGUGACUCAGGGCAGAGGACUGGAUAGUUCUAGAAGUCUCAGUGUAAGCCAGCGAAUCGGCAAACUCUCAUGCAGCACGACAGAAACCCCGGUAAAGGUGACGGGGGCAGUGGAGUCAAUCUCAGAGGAGGAGAUCAGAGGGAACAGACAGACUGCAGUGGAGAUACGACAGAUCCCCAGGUUUCAGAACUAUCAGCAAGGGGAGCCCUCAAAGGUGCUGUGUGUGAAGAACCUGAGUCUGUGUGCCAAGCUUGCCCACCUCGUCUCGCUCUUCUCUCGAUUCCAGACCCCGGGUGAGCCUCCGCUCCUCUACCGCCUACUGACAGGACGCCUCAAGGGCCAGGCCUUCAUCACCUUCCCCGACUGUGAGACGGCCACUAGGGCUCUGGACCUGGUGAAUGGGUACUGCCUGAUGGGGAAGCCGAUCGUCAUCGAGUUUGGAAGAGGCCGAACAGAACAGCAGUGAUGUUCCUCUCUCUUUCUGAGACUUGCUUUGUCUCUGCGUACUGACUCACAGUCCACUGAGAGAAGAGAUAUAGGUCCCAGGUUCUUUGGGGAUAGAUGUCCCUCUCUUAGUCAGAAAUAAGCAGAAAGAAUCCUAGUUUCCCCACGCAUUCUGUGCUUUUAUGGGUUAGGUUAACAAAUAAGCCUCACCUGCUUUCUGCAUGGCUGAAACCUCUUUCAUAUUUGUAGCUGCCUUCAACCUGGCCAGCCAACUUAGUUCAAAACUGAGUUUUGCCAUGCAACUUUCUGUAUGAGCCAGACGUACUGCAAACAACAUGUAUUGUCUGUUGUGCAGUUUGACUCAGUUUGACCCAUUUGAUAGAAUCUCCUACCUGACCCAGAUUGAAAUGGUGCAUUUAAGAGUGCAAGUAAAACAUGCAUAGGAAGUAAUACUUCUGAAUCUUCCCUCCAAGACAUGGCCUCUGCUGUGAUUAGAUUAACAGCUCAGCCAUCAAGACAAUUCCGUUAAUGUCAGCUCUACUGUACAGGUAGAAACCAUGUGACCAUGUUUAAGGUUCUCUUAACUCAGGAAUUUCCAAGCAUUUAUCUGCAGUGUUAUUUAAAAAAAUAAAUAAAUAAAUAAAAAAUAGAAAUUGGUAUUGUAACAAAAUGUUCAAAGAAAAAUAGGGAUCUUGAUGGAGUGUAUAUUAAUAAUAUUAGAACUACUGUAACUGCUCCCUUAUCUUUAUAAUAAAUAUUAUUUAGUAAAGUUAUUUAGUACUUGGUGUGUAAGGAACAAAAAGCUAAAUGUUCUUGAGUGACUCAGUCAGAGCUCCAAUGUAAAUCUAAUUGAAAAUUUGUGGCAUGACUUGAAGAUUGCUGUCAAUCAGUGCUCCCCAAGGAAUUUGACAGAGCUUG